AAAAGAAGAUUGGUUUCGCCAUUUACAGAGUUUGAGAAAGAAUCGAACCGGGAGGGACUUCAUAAUCAACAAAGCUAUAUAUUGCUUAAAGGUCUCUCUAUAUAUAUAUAUAUAUAUCUUUCCCCUUCCCCAGAGGCAGAGAGAGACUUUAAACCCUAAUCAUCUGGACUAAUCAUCUCCACCGAGUUUGUUCACAACCAAUUCGAAAUUCGUCGUUUUCCAGAGGAAUCAAUGGAGCAGCAUCUGCAGUAUCCGUAUCAGAAUCCAUUCGAAAGACGUCCAAUCCUUAAAUCAUCAAAGGCUCCUCCUGCUGUUAGGUGGAUCAAGGACUGGGUACCACAAGAUAUUGUUGCUACUGGUGCCAAGUGUUAUCUUCGCAAAUGGGUCACAGAGGAAACGUUGAAGACACUGAAAGAAAAAGAGAUAGAGCCUACUACCACUACUGCGGAUGGUUCAGAUCCUGACUCCGAACCCACUUCUGAGAUCUUGUUUCUCUGCAGCUACGAUGGAUGUGGCAAGAUUUUCUUCGAUGUUAAUGCCUUGAGAAAGCAUUCCCACGUCCAUGGUGAAAGACAGUACGUUUGUGAUUACCCUGGUUGUGAUAAGAAAUUUUUGGAUAGUUCAAAGUUGAAGAGACAUUGGCUCAUUCACACCGGGGCUAGGGACUUUGUCUGCACUUAUGAAGGCUGUGGAAAGGCAUUCUCCUUGGAUUUUAACCUCAGAUCUCACAUGAAGACUCAUUCACAAGCAAACUAUCACAUCUGUCCUUACUCUGGCUGUGGCAAGAGAUAUGCUCAUGAGUACAAGCUUAAGAACCAUCUUUCUGCCUACCAUGAAAAGAAUGCUGCUGGAGAGACGCCUACAUACACACCACCUGCAGAGAAAGUGUCUAGGACUCCCAAAACACCAGCUGCGACGGUUUACGCCUCAGCGUCUUUGGAACGUCCAUACACGUGCCCUUAUGAAGGGUGUGACAAGGCUUACAUACAUGAGUACAAGCUCAAACUCCACUUGAAGAGAGAGCAUUUACCAGAAGAGAACAGCAAGACACCUAAUCUAGAAGAAGGGAGUGAUCAAGAUGUUUACAGGAAACACGCUGCUGGUAACGGGAAAAGCCAGAGACAUAAACAACAGAGCAGAGCUAAGCCGAAGAUGAAGACGACACCACCACCAGCGAAAGCUGUAAAGAAAGGCUCGACCUCUUCACCGGGCAAAGCAAGGAUGGCUAAGAAACCGUGGCGAGCAAGUGAAACGUUUGAAGGAGAAGAAGAAGAUAGCGAGGAGACGGAGGAAGAUAGAGAGAAUGUGGCUGAUGGGUGGAGGUUUGGGGGAAACAAUGUGGAGGAGGAAGAUGACGAUGAGGAGACUGAAGAUGAAGACUAAUAAGGCUCUGCUUCGUCUAGAACUUUAGUAGCUGUGGUGGCUCUUUUUUUUGGUUUCUUUCUUUGACGUCUUCUUAGUUUCAAAGCUCUGUACAUUUGUUCUCAUAAACAUUUUAAGAAUAGGUACUAGAAUUUUUAUUUCAAUACAAAUCAUUCAAAAUGUCAGAUAUUA